GAGGCUGGCUUCUCCCGCCCAUGCCGCUAAUGAAUUUACGUUUAACCGUUUAUUUCGAUUCGCUUUUUCUCUGAGAGAAAAUGAGCUUCUUGCUGCCAAAGUUACAAUCUAAGAAAGAUGUUGACCACGUUAUAAAGACCGUGGCUGAAAGGGUACUGGUUCUGCGUUUCGGCCGUGAUCAGGACCCUGUGUGUUUACAACUGGAUGAAAUUCUUUCAAAAACUGCUCAUGACCUGAGUAAAAUGGCAGCUGUUUACCUGGUGGAUGUUGACAGUGUCCCUAUUUACACUCGCUACUUUGACAUCAGUUACAUUCCUUCCACAGUUUUUUUCUUCAAUGGCCAACAUAUGAAAGUGGAUUAUGGGUCUCCAGAUCAUACGAAGUUUAUUGGAUGUUUCAAAACAAAGCAAGACUUCAUAGAUUUAAUUGAAGUAAUAUUCCGUGGAGCAAUGCGAGGAAAGCUAAUAGUACACAGUCCUAUUGAUCCGAGGAAUGUCCCAAAGUAUGACCUUCUUUAUCAUGGCAUCUAAAUGGACUGGCAGUAUGCUGUGGUUUGCAAAUAUUUAAACAGAAUGCAAUAUCAAGUCAUCAACUGUUCUUCAUUUGUUAAAGAAUAUUGAGAUUUGAUGCAAAAUGGAUAGUCCACAACAUUAAUCGGCAAGAAAUUUCUUGUAAAAACUUUGCAAGAAUCACGGUGAACAAACUCAACAUGACAAGUUGUUCUAUUGCUUAAAAUUUCAGUAUCCUGCAGCUGCAAAUCUCAGCUCAUUGGCAGGUCUGCCAUCAUAAACUUGCCUUAAAGAUUAGCUUUGGAAAAUGAGUUCAUUUGACUGAGAACUGGUGUUUUCCCAAUUAGCACUUGAUAGAAAUUCAAUAAACAGGAGUUUUUCCAGGCUUUUUUAAAAAUUAUAUCUAAGAAAUAAACACUAGACAUGGCAAACGCUAUUGGAAAAGGAAGUAAUAGUUAAAACAGGCAAAGGAGAAAUAGGAGUAAUGCUGUUUCUGCAUGAUUACACAUCAUUCUCGUACCAAGGUAAUAGGCUUCUAAUCCAUUUAUACACUCGUGCUCCUUGGAGUUCAUUGGUGAAUUUGUUUUAAUCUCCAAGUUUUACUAUGGUGUAAAAGUGCUUACUUCUGGUACAGGAAUUUGAAUCCAGUUCAUAUACAGUUCUAAUGGAUGGACAUAAAGUUCAUCACAUAAAAUAAGUCACCCUUACUGAUUGUGGUUACUCUCAACCUUAUUUUUCUGUCCUAAAUAAGGUUGCUCCUACAGAUUUGGUUCGCGAUGGAACAGUAACUUUGUGCUGCAUUGAGAACAUAACUACUCAAGUCAAAACCUACUGCUCCCAUAUUAUUUAAUCAGCAAAAGCAUUAUGUUCUACUAAUCUUGUCCCUCACACCUGGUUCUGUAUGACACCUGCAUCUUUUCGAUCAGAGUCAUGAACGAGAAGUUGGUGCUUUCUUCAGACUGUAGAUGGGGCAAGGUGUAAAGCCCCUUAUCACCGAGCCAGCUGAUAUCAGUUAACUCAGCAUACACCUGAAACUUUGUCAGACAUUCAGUAAUGGGAACAAUGUACUUUGCUCACCUUGCAUGUGUUUUAUAAAAGUGUAUUCUGUAUAAUUUUGAUUUGUAUGUUGGCUCUUCUAACCAACUUCACAUUUUGAAGGAUAAAGUAAAAUAUUGCAAAAUUAGAAUAAUUGUAGAUUGAUUCCUGAUUAAAAGGUUUCCAAAAGAGACAGAGAGCCUGGGAUUUAGUAAUACUAACAUCAUCAGGACUUAUAGUAUUAAUGGUAGUGGGUAGGGUUCUAAAACAGACCUAGGAGUUCAGGUACAUAAUUCUUUGAAUUUUGCAUCACAGGUAGACAGGAUGGUUAAGAAGAUGUUUAGUAUGCUUGCCUUCAUUGCUCAGAUGUGAGCAUAGGAGUAGUGUACAGAACAGUGGUGAGGCCACUUCUGGAGUAGUGGAUGCAGUUCUGGUCACCCUGUUAUUGGAAGGAUAUUAUUGAACCGCUGAAGGUUCAGAAAAGAUUUACCAGAUGUUACUGGGAAUAGAAGGUUUGAGUCACAAGAAGAGGCUGGAUCAGCUGGAACUUUUUCGCUGGAACAUAGCAGAUUGAGGAGUGACCUUAUAGAGGUUUAUAAAAUCACAACAGAUAUAGAUACUGUGAAAGGCAGGUGUCUGUUCCCAAGCGCAGGGAAUUUCAAGACAAAGGGUCUUUAAGGUGAGAGGAGAAAGAUUUUUUUAAAAAAAGCAAUGGUUUGUGUGUGGAAUGAACUGCCAGAGGAAGUAGCAAAUGAAGGUACAGUUACAACAUUUAAGACAUUUGGAUAAUUAUAUAAGAAGUGUUUGGACGAAUGUAGGCCAAGCACAGUCGAGUGGGACUAGUUUAGUUUCGGAGAAUGGUCAACAUGGACUGGUUGGACUAGAUAGUCAUAGUCAUUCAGCACAGAAACAGACUAAGAACUCCCACUAAAGGUUGAUAAAGGAUGGAAACAAUUUUUCUCACACUUAGAGGCAUCAUUUCUUAAAACAUUUAGCGCUUAAAUAAAUAUUUAAGAAUUGA